AUGGCUCCUCAGCCGAUCCCCGGGCCUUUCUCGACCUGCGUCCCCCAGGGCGUCCUAAGCCCCCUGGUUAUGGAAAGGGGGCCGGUGCUGAUAGCCUUCUCUCUCCCUUCCUACCCAGACUUUCCUUUGCCCCCUCCUCCCCUUAUUGGGGACUGCGGCGAAGACUCGGAGGGUGCGUUCCCACCUCCACCUCCCCCGAUGAUCGAUGAGCCAUUCCCCCCUGCUCCUCCGGAGGAGGACAUCUUCCCCUCCCCACCACCUCCACUGGAGGAGGAGGGAGGACCUGAGGCCCCCACCCAGCUCCCACCGCAGCCUAGGGAGAAAGUGAGCAGUAUUGACCUGGAGAUCGACUCUCUGUCCUCACUGCUGGAUGACAUGACCAAGAAUGAUCCCUUCAAGGCCCGGGUAUCAUCUGGAUAUGUACCCCCACCAGUUGCCACUCCAUUUGUUCCCAAGCCUAGUACCAAGCCCGCCCCUGGGGGCACAGCACCCUUGCCUCCUUGGAAGACCCCUUCUAGCUCCCAGCCACCACCUCAGCCACAGGCCAAGCCUCAGGUCCAGCUCCAUGUCCAACCUCAGGCCAAGCCCCAGGUCCAGUCCCAGCCUGUGUCUUCCACUAAUGUACAGCCCCGAGGUCCCCUUUCUCAGGCUCCGACUCCCGCACCUAAGUUUGCUCCGGUGGCUCCCAAAUUUACUCCCGUGGCUUCCAAGUUCAGCCCUGGCACUCUAAGUGGACCCGGGUCACAGCCUAAUCAAAAAUUAGUGCCUCCAGAAGCUCCCUCUUCUGUGGGCACAGGGUCCCCUCAGCGCCCAAGCCUCACCUCUGCUCAGAAGAAAGAGAAGCCCUUAGUUCAAGAGAAGCAGCACCCAGUGCCUCCAGCUCAGAACCAAAACCAAAACCAGGUGCGCUCUCCUGGAGGCCCGGGACCCUUGACCCUCAAGGAGGUGGAGGAAUUGGAACAAUUGACUCAGCAGCUGAUGCAAGACAUGGAGCACCCUCAGAGGCAGAAUGCGAGUGUGCCGGUGGAGCACCCUCAGAGGCAGAAUGCGAGUGUGCCGGUGCCUGAGUUGUGCGGCCGAUGCCACGAGCCCCUGCCCCGUGCACAGCCUGCGGUCCGUGCCCUGGGACAGCUGUUCCACAUCACCUGCUUCACUUGCCAUCAGUGUCGACAGCAGCUGCAGGGAGGGCAGUUCUACAGCCUGGACGGGGUGCCGUUUUGCGAGGGCUGCUAUACCGAGACCCUGGAGAAGUGCAACACCUGUGGGCAGCCCAUCACUGACCGCAUGCUGAGGGCCACUGGCAAAGCCUACCAUCCACAUUGCUUCACCUGUGUGGUCUGUGCCUGUCCCCUGGAGGGCACCUCCUUCAUUGUCGACCAGGACAACCAGCCCCACUGUGUCCCUGACUAUCACAAGCAGUAUGCUCCAAGGUGCUCCGUCUGCUCGGAGCCCAUCAUGCCUGAGCCUGGCCGAGAUGAGACUGUACGAGUUGUCGCUCUGGACAAGAACUUCCAUAUGAAGUGUUACAAGUGUGAGGACUGUGGGAAGGCCCUGUCCAUUGAGGCUGAUGACAACGGCUGCUUCCCUCUGGAUGGCCAUGUCCUUUGUCGGAAGUGCCACACUGCUAGAGCCCAGACCUGAGUUGAGGAUGGGCCUCCUUCCAGACUACAGGUCCAUUCCCCACCGUGGACCACCCACACUGAGACCAAUCCUCGCCUCUACCCUCCCUGCAUUCCAACCCCCUCCCCAGUAUCUCAAGUGCCCUGACCCAGGGCCUCAGCAUGACCUAGAAGUGCUGAGGCCGGGUCCUGGUGCUGAGGCCGGCCCUGGGCUCCACCCCUUGCCUCUCUCAUGGGAUUGCCUAUCAUUCUGAGGUCCCCAACCCGAGGCUCACAUUUAGUGCUGUUGCUUGCACUGCUGCACCGAUGCCCUGCGCUGGCCUGAGCAGCCUAUGCACUGUGCUUGCUGAGGGUGGGAGAAUCCCGAACCCUCCAGGAGCCUGGCUGCAGCAGCCUGGACACCCACCUUGCCCUGUGCUGCUAGGUUGUGGCCACAGCUAAAAUGAUAAAACCUCAUUUUCCAGAA